ACUGAACGUGAAUGUCACAUGACCAAUCUAUUUUGUCAUGUGAUCUCGCCAGAUUAGGUCAUGUCAUCACGAUCACGGGGUAAUACAAAUGCAAUUUUUGCACUCCUUUUUAACGAUGAAUUUCUGCUUGCACUGAUACUAUUUUUGUCGAAAAGUGGCAUUUUUACCGAAAAUAAGUGGACAAUUGAGUGUUUUUCAGCAGAUUGGGAAGGAUCUUUGGUUAGCCGUAUUUAAUCACCAAAGAUGGAGGGUCGAGGGGAGUUUGGAUACGGAUCCAUUGGAGAAAGAACAGACCAAGUUCCUGGGGACUUUACAUCACUCAUGAAUACAUGCAGCGGCAGUAUAUUCAAAAUAAAUAGCAAUAUAUCGGCACUCGAAAAAGCUAUCAGGCAGAUUGGUACACAGAGUGAUAGCAAUGCUCUCAGAGGGAAAAUCCAGCAAAUGUUAACUCAAACAAAUGCCUAUAUCACUCAAACCAAACAAUGUAUGUCACAACUCGGUCACACAUCCAGAACAUUGGAAAAGCAAAAGAGAAUUCAGUUUGAAAGGAUAGCCAAUGAUUUUCAUGAUACGGUACAGAGAUAUGGCAGUGUACAAAAGAGAGUGGCCAACAAGAUGAGAUCAAGUCCGAGUGUUCGACCGCAGAGUCAGAGCCAAGGGACAAUGGGGUUUGGAGCGCAGGGGGAGGACUACGAUCAGAAGGCGCCGCUUUUAUCGGCAGAGGAGGAGGAACGGAAGAGACAGAUGCAGAUUCAGAUGCAGCAGCAAGAUGCGGCCAUAGACUACGAUCUCACGUUGAUACAAGAGAGGGAAGAACAGAUCAGACAAAUUGAGGCAACAAUGUUAGAUGUGAAUGAGAUAUUCAAGGACCUGAGUAUGAUGGUGUCAGAGCAAGGAGAGAUGAUUGAUUCCAUUGAAGCCAACGUAGAUAGGGCGGGAGAUAAUGUAGAAGAAGGAACGAAACAACUAGCCACAGCCAGCAAAUACCAGAAAAAGGCUCGAAAGAAGAUGUGCUGUAUAUUCAUGAUCCUCGCGAUCUGUGCCAUCGUCCUUGCUCUCAUCCUUUAUUUCAGUCUUAGAUGAUGAGAUGUGUCCCAUGUUUUCAUGUAUCACUGUACAGUCGAGUAUCACUUAUCAUUCUUAUAUGGGCGUACUAAUGCUGCCUUCGCGUUGUGGCAAAGUUCUGUAGGUCUUACUCGAUACGAAAUUCAGAUUAUUCAAAGAAUAUUGCAAGUUUUACCAGGGCCCACUGAAGAUACAAAAAAGCGUAGCAAUUGAUUUGGAUUAUUUUGCGAUUGAUCAUACACAAUCAGAAUCAUAGGAAUCGGCUUCAUGAUCAAUUGCUUAACUUCAUGUCUAGGUGCCCUGACCAUGAUGAACACAGAUCAGGGGGCCGUUUCAUAAAGCUGUUCGUGCGUUAAGAGCGACUUUAAGAACGACUGGUGAUCCUUUCUUGGGGUAAAUAAUAUACAUAAAAACCUUCAUUGGCGAGGGUUUUGCGCGUAAGAAAGGAUCACCAGUCGUUCGUAAAGUCGCUCUUAACUUACGAACAGCUUUAUGAAACACCCACCAGGUUACAAAAAAAUCAAAUAAGUAUUGCCUAAAUAUUAAGAUUACCGACAACUUGUGGUAAGUUCUGCUUAGUUAUACACAUACACUAAAAGUCAAAUAAAUAAUUAUCGCAGUUACCCCUAAAAGAUGAUGGAGUACCAGUCACAAUUCUUUGACUCACUAUUACCUGUUUCGGCCAGAGAACAAUAGAAUCAGUGGACCAAAUCUAUUGUUCUCUAGUUGAAACAGGUAAUAGUGAUUCAAAGAAUGGUGACUGGUACUGUAACUACUAGUGCAGGUUUCAAUUGUUUAAAAGUUACUAUCAUGGUAACUUUACCAUCCAUUGUUAUUAAAUUACCAUGGUGAUGAUCCAUUGUUGUGGUUGAUUGGACCAAUCACAACUCAUUGCAAGACGGGGCCCUGGGCAGUUGCAAGAAAACUUAUGAUCAAUUUCAAAUCUAUUUGGCAUCCCUAAAUCGUUCGUUUGUAUAGCAAUUAACUGCAAAUGAUUUGUGAUCUGCUCCUCGCCACAAGGAAUACAAACCGAUUCACUAGAGCUAUAAAGUUGAUCUCUCAAUUAUGGAAUUGCAACAGAAAUUUGUAAUUAAUUGCAAUCGAUUUCAAAACAAAACUUCAUAUAUGUAGUCCACAUCGUCUUUGACCUGCAAACUGCUUUCUGAUGUGAUGUUGUAUUUUCUUAGAGUAACUUUCUAUGUCUACAUAUUGACUUUGGAAUAUCAUUCUUAAGUCAUGCAUUCCAUGGUAUUUAUUAUGUGCAUUCGUCCCAUUUUAUACACCAACAGUUGAUAUUCGGUGUGUGUCUUUGCGAUGCAAAAAUUUGUUAAAAGAUUUAUUGCCUUAUUUUCCAUACUUUCUCACAUUUAUUUUUCAGAAAAAGGCAAGACGGACAAUGUUCUGUAUCUUCUGUAUAUUGGGUGUAGUAGCUGCAAUAGUGAUCAUUGUUGUUGUUGUAAUCUUGAAGUAAUUUUAGAAGAAAUACACUUAUUUUAAAGAAAAACACGAUCCUGAAAAUGUAAGUCUUAACUAGGAUUUAUUUUCAAUUGGUCUACUGCCAACGCGUCCGAUUGCCAACUCGUCUACUAUCAUUUGGUCUACCAUCAGUUCGUCCACUAUCCACAUGGUCUAAUUGCCAUUUCGUCCACUCACCAUUUCGCCUAAUAACCAGCUGGUCCAUAGCCAUUUGGUCCAUAUUACAUUUGGUCUAAUUGGACAAAAGCCCUGUUUUAAUAGACAGUGCCCUGGCAGCGGGCGGGUAGAAAAGGGGGGGGGGGGGGAAUUCCUCAAUGAGGCGAUAAAACCACAGGUGGUAGCCUCCAUGCUCCGUCUUAACAGACACUCACUUAAAAUCCUACCCAGGUAGGUUUCCAUGGUAAUGAAUGCCCCCCUCCUCUUCCAAAAAGAGACAGACAGAAGGAGAGCAAAAGGAAGGAAAGUGGGAGAAGUAUUAAGAAUUAAGGGAAGAGGGGGAAAAGGAUAGAGGAAAAACGAAAAAGUGAAGGAAAAGAAAGGAAGGGGAGAGGGGAAAGGAAAGAGGGAUGAGAAAAAGAGAAGGAAAAGAAAGGAAGGGAGGGUGAGAAAGAAAAAAGAGAAAAAUAGAACAAAGACAUGAAAGGGAGAGG